GCUUCCAGAGUCCCUGGGGAGGGGAGCUUGUGGGGAAGUCUUCUAGGAAGAAGGGCCUCCAGGAAAAAAGUCCUGGGAGUUCAUGCUCAGCCUCAGGCACUAAGAAGAGCUCUGCAAUGCUCAGGAGUAGGAAUAAAGAGCUUCAGUACAGCCUGAGAGGGGCAGAAAGCUCUUCUGUUUAGAUGUUGAUGUGGUGGAUUCUUUAGUUGGACUUCUGUUACCCUGCAUGAUAACUGAGGGAAUGAAAUCAUGCUCCACAUAAAUUCAUAAUUGCUUAGAAAUGAUUGUCACCUAAGAAGUCGGCUAUGGCAAACAGGAAACGUCAAAGCACUACAACCAGCAUGCUGGAUCACAGGGUGAUACCUUGCCCUACUUCAUCUCACCACAGGGAGCCUGAAAGUGAGGAAAAUGACCUGCCUAGUGAAGAUUACAUAGCAAAGGAGGGAGACCUAACAGCUAUCAGAGAAGGUAGUCCUACCCCUGUGGAACAUGAGUGCAAUGAUAACAGUGGCGAUGGCGAUUCCAGCUCUGAUUAUGUGAAUAAUACCUCUGAAGAGGAGGACUAUGAUGAAGGCUUGCCAGAGGAAGAGGAAGGGAUCACAUACUAUAUUAGGUAUUGUCCAGAGGAUGACAGUUAUCUGGAAGGAAUGGACUGCAAUGGGGAAGAGUAUGUUCCUCAUGAAGAACACCAAGUUGAAACUGAUGAAUGUCAAGAAGCUGUGGAAGAAGAAUGGACAGAAGCUAGCAUCCAGCACAAUGAUGAAAGUGAAGUGACAGAAGGGCAAGACUACCAAGAUAACUGUGUUCAGAUUUUGGAGGAUGAAGUAUCUUCUCUGGAGAUUCAAGACCAAGAAGAAAACAUACAAUACUGUCAAAAUGAAGAAAGCUAUCAGGACUAUUAUCCACCAGAAGCUAAUGGAAACAGUCAUGGGAUGUCGCCCUACCUUUCGAGGAAAGAAGAUGCUGAGUUGGAAGAGCAGGAAGAAGACAUUGAUCAGAUUGUAGCUGAGAUUAAAAUGAGCAUGAGUAUGAGCAGCAUUAACAGCACAACAGAAAUGAGCCCUGAGCAUGUCGGGACUGAAAAUGUGCAAAAUGACUAUAAGGAGACUUGUCCAAAAGGUGAUGUUGGUCAUGAAGGGAGGCCAAAAUCACUGAAUAUUCCGCCUGCUUCAAAGCAUGUUGGAGAUAUGCCUAGAGGUUUUAAAACAAAGUCAAGAACUCCAGAAGACAGACAGAAAUGGCCGCAAGAACAGGUGUGCAAUGGUUUAGAACAGCCAAGGAAACAACAACGUUCUGACCUAAAUGGACCAAUUGACAACAAUAAUGCACCAGAGACAAAGAAAGUGUCUUCGUUUCCAAGUUUUGUUGAUGUUCCAGGACCCUGUGAACCUGAAGAUCUCAUUGAUGGAAUCAUCUUUGCAGCCAAUUACUUGGGUUCUACACAGCUGCUCUCAGAACGUAACCCUUCCAAAAAUAUAAGAAUGAUGCAAGCUCAAGAGGCAGUGAGCCGUGUCAAGACUUCUGAGGGAGAUUCCCAGGCCUUGACUGAAGUGGAUCUGUUCAUCUCCACACAGAGGAUUAAAGUUCUGAAUGCAGAUACACAGGAAACUAUGAUGGAUCAUGCGUUGCGCACAAUCUCAUACAUUGCUGAUAUUGGUAACAUUGUUGUUUUAAUGGCAAGACGCCGGAUGCCAAGGUCUGCUUCUCAAGACUGUAUAGAGACAACACCUGGUGCCCAAGAAGGAAAGAAACAGUACAAAAUGAUAUGUCAUGUCUUUGAAUCUGAGGAUGCACAGCUGAUAGCUCAAUCAAUUGGUCAGGCUUUCAGCGUGGCCUACCAGGAGUUUCUGAGAGCCAACGGAAUUAAUCCAGAGGAUCUCAGUCAGAAAGAAUAUAGUGACAUAAUCAAUACCCAGGAGAUGUAUAAUGAUGAUCUUAUACACUUCUCCAAUUCAGAGAACUGCAAGGAGCUGCAGCUAGAAAAGCAGAAGGGAGAAAUUCUCGGGGUGGUGAUUGUGGAAUCAGGAUGGGGAUCCAUCCUACCCACAGUUAUCCUGGCUAACAUGAUGAAUGGAGGCCCUGCAGCUCGUUCAGGGAAACUAAGCAUUGGAGACCAGAUUAUGUCUAUUAAUGGAACCAGUUUAGUUGGUCUUCCUCUUGCAACAUGCCAAGGGAUUAUAAAGGGUCUUAAGAACCAGACGCAGGUGAAACUGAACAUUGUCAGCUGUCCUCCUGUUACAACCGUCCUCAUAAAACGACCAGACCUGAAAUACCAGCUGGGCUUCAGUGUACAGAAUGGAAUCAUUUGCAGCUUGAUGCGAGGUGGAAUAGCAGAACGGGGAGGGGUCCGAGUAGGACAUCGCAUUAUUGAGAUCAAUGGGCAAAGUGUUGUGGCCACUGCUCACGAGAAGAUAGUACAAGCCUUGUCUAACUCAGUGGGAGAGAUAGCAUCACUAUGCUCACGCCAUGGAAAUACUGACCAGCAAGUUAGCACAACUCUUCCUUCACAAAGCCUUAGUUAACUGGAUUUGUGCAGGGAACACCACAAGGAUGGGGAGAUGGAAUUCACACACCACAGAGCCCUGGGGCCUGCAAUAGUGGCCCCUGCAUCCACAUUACUGCAGUCAGUAGCCAGUACUCCUUCCACCCUCUGGUUAGGGUGAGCUAGUGCUCCCCAAAGGGGUAAAGCAGUGUUUAAGCACUGGGUGGUGAGGGCUGUAGGUGGCAGUUUACCCCUUAUGAAUUGGCAUAGCCCUACUUCUAGUGGUGAGAUGAUUAUCACUAAUUCCGAGUAGUCUGUGUAUAUAAAAAUCUUUCAAUGGCAGGCUGUAGCAGUUAAAAACAUAGCCCAGGUAAUUUAUGAUUUUUGGACUACUGCAGCUAGAGUUUGAGCUGUCCUAAGUAAUUGUACAUUUAUAAAAGGCUUUGGCCUGACUGUGCAGUGUCUGUUUUUUUAAAAUAGGCUGACAAGUGCAGAUUAUCAUUAUUUUAAAAUGAUCACUGCUAUCUACAACCAUACUUGGUUCCUUGCCGCUUGUAUUGUAGCAAUACGUCUCCUGGUGUAAAAUCCAAAGUGGCAGCUCCAUCUGUGCUUAUUUUGCUACAGUUGAUAGGUUGGUUGUUUCUAAUACCUGCAAAAAAGUUUGUUAUAGUUUGUUCAUACAAUGCCAUGUCCUUUAACAAUGUUAAAUGAAAUCUCUGCUUACCUCCCACUCUUCCUACUGAGUAUUUACCAAGAUUACUGCCAGAUGCAUCCUUUGAUUAUUUGACACCUUUACUCCUAUCAGAGCCCAAUCACCCUUGCUAACAGGCUUAAAAAUGAUAUUUCUUGUAAAUUGCUGAUUUAGUAGGAAUGGGGGGUGGGGGAACUUGCUUUACCUAAAUUUGAAUGCAGUUGAACAUUGUGGGUGGUGAAGUUUAAACUGAAUGUUCAAAGGUUCACAUUCCAUGUUAGAGAUACUGUGUUGGAUGGGCAGAGAGAGGAAAAUCCAGUGCCAGUCAAUAUUUGAGUAGGCAGGGUGAAUUUUCAUGUACAUGAGAUUUUCUUCCUGGCUAAUUUCCUUAGCUUGGACAGUGGUGGUUGGAUGAAAUUGGUAAUAGCAGCUGGUUUUCAGUUGCUUUUGCUAGUCUGAUAUGUCAUUUGAAAACAAAUUCCUCCUCCCCCAAGCUCUAGGUAGAAACCAGGAAAACCUCCCCUGCAGUCAAUAAAUGGUGUUAGUGAUAUGUGCAUCAGGCCCCUAGUGAUU